GGCGAAAUCCUCGUAUCGCGUGAUAAGUUGGAUGACAUCGUGUCGGCCGCGAAGUUCCUUCAGAUAGAAGGCGCCAAAGACUUCAUUCUACCCAAGAAUCAGCCCCAACGGGGGGACACCCACCCCCACCAGACUACCGGUGCCGGCACUGGCAGUGGUGGCAACCACUACAACAAUAAUACCGGUGUGACUGGCCAUACGAACAGCGCGAGUCGUAUGCAAAUCGACUUGCAGCACAUGAAGACCAUGUCCUCCCUGAGCCUCCAGAGACAACUGGCCGCCGCACAGGCCUCCCAACACCACAAACAGAUGUCCCUAUUGUCCAAAAUGAUGGUCCAGAGGCCGCAGACUGCCGGCGCUGCUGCUAAGGGUACCGGCGAUCAGUCAACCGGUGGCCAAUCGCCAGCGCCGGGCGAACCGGAAGUACAGCUGAGGCACGCCGUCAAGCGUGAGCUCAUCGACGAGGAACUGGAGGACGAGGAGGACGUGGAUGAGUUGGACGAAGAGGUGUCGGCGCCGGAGGGCACCGGUAGUGAUGGAAAGGCGGCCGAAAAGUCGGGAAUGUUUGCCGAGUUUGAGGACCAGUCAGGGGUUGUCAGCAAUAGUAACGCCACUAAUAAUGGAAAUACCGGUCGGGAUAAGAGUGCGCCCAAUGAGGGGGACAGUCGUCACUCGGAGGACAGUAGUGCCGGUGAUGAGGACGAGGAGGAUAUGGACGAAGAGGCCAUGGAUGUGACUACCAGUGCGGCGACGACGGCAGCGAUUCUGGCGAAAGUACCCCCGGGUACUAGUGUUAGCACUACCGGUGCUGAUGGUGGCGGUGAUGCACAGCAUAAAAGUGAUAAUUUGAAUGUGCCAACCCGUGAGUCGGAGGACGAUAUAGCUCUGGAGGAAGAAGAGGAAUACGAGGACGAGUUCGACGAGGAGGAGCUCCUGGACGAGGAACAGGAGGUUAUUACCGGUGGUCGACAGCACCGGGCGAUGAGUAUGGGUCGGGCCCUGGAAUCUCAGCAGUCGAUGGACACACCCCUUGCCCGGGCUAUCGCCGCCUCAACCCUCGCCUCGUUUGGUGCCGGCGCUGUCGAUAUGGACAGUGAGGUCUCCCAGUCCUCGUCCGGACCCUACAGUUCCCCGAAACGGUCGCUCACUAUCACCGCACACACCGGUAGUGAGCGGCGGGGUAGGGGUCGGCCCCCCAAAUACGACAUGGGAAGCAUAUUCACGGGACUGGCGUCUGGGGUCAGCGCCGCAUCCAUAGUCACACCAACCGUUAUAAUGAGCGCACAAUCGACGGCACCUUCAGCUACGGCCACAUCAGCCCAAUCGUCGUCGGCCUCCGCCACCCGUUCCCGUAGGGGUAGACCGCCGUCGAUGCCCGAGGAGUUGCUGCGAUCGCUGACCGGCCGGUUAGAUAAGGCUCACCACAAGUGUCCCCACUGUCCGCAGAUAUACUACGGCUAUCACGCCAUGAGAGACCACAUAACGUCUGUCCACUUGAACUCCGGCGAGAAAUACAUAUGUAAUCUGUGUAACAAGGAGUACACGUGGCGUAUCACCCUGCGCAAACAUCUCAAGUUUCACCAUGGCGUGCACCCGGACCAAGUUCAGAACGCCUGACCACUUUAGAUACCGUUUCUCUCCCCCUCCCGUUCCCACACUUUUUGAUUAGGUUUUGUUUUUUUGUAAACUUUUUUUUGGUGAUUGAAAAAAGUCUAAACUUUUUUUUGUUUGUCUCUCUGUUUGUAGUUAUGAAUUGAGUGUUGAUAUGAUAGCCCUUUCCCUCCAUACCCUUCCCACCGAAGACCUUACCCUUAGAUACCGUUCUCUUUAAUAUAUUAUAAUUAAGUUUUUUUGUGAACUUUUAUAUAAAAGUUUAAAAUUAAUUGCAUUUCUUAUAUCUCUCUGAUUGUGAUUAUGAUGAGUACUGACUGUUAGUUAAGUUAAUUAUAGCUCCCGACCCCCUCCUAUACCCCUUAACCACCCGUUCCCCACAUUUACCGUGCAUUUGGUUUAUAAAUUAAUUUACAAUUUAAUUGCUAAUUGUUUUGAUUGU